AUGGCAGUCAGAGGGAAGCGGGAGCGUCGGGAGCCUCGCAGGCUCUUCGCCUUCCUGGGCCUUUUCGGCCUCUGUCUCGCUGGCGUGAACGUGAGGGCUUUUGUCGGAUCAGGAGCCCGAAGUUCGAGUGGCGCUUCUCGUCACCAGCACCGGGCACAGCCAGCCAAGCGAGUGAGUAACGAAGAGGUCAGCGAGGUGAGCCCAGUCUCCUUCUCUUUGAUGGUGGGCGGAUUCAAUUCCUCUUCCUCCACCUCCGGCAAAGCGGCUGUGAUUACUGGUGCCUCAACAGGCAUUGGCCUUGCCACUGUUGAAGGCCUCGUGCGAUCAGGAAUCUACACGUCCAUCAUCAUGGCAGGGCGAGAUGCUGAGAAGCAUCAGAAGGCCAUGGAGAUGCUGCGGGAAGAGGUUGGCACUCUUGAUCGGGCGGUUGAGCUUCGAUACUUACCACUGGAGCUUGCAUCGCUGAAGUCAGUGCGGAGCUUUGCCCAGUCCGUCCUGAAGGAAGGGAUGCCGAUACACACGCUUAUCCUGAACGCGGGCGUUAUGGCUCUUCCGGAUCGCAAACAGACCGAGGACGGAUACGAGUAUCAGUUCGGAGUGAAUCACUUGGGACAUUUCCUUUUGGCAAACCUUCUCAUGGACAAGUUGAUUGAGGGCGGGUCUGCGGCUGAUCCUGCUCGUGUGAUCUCUUUGAGUUCAAGUGCUCAUCAGAUUCCAUCGCAACUCCUGAAGGGUGACCUUGGAGACUUGCAGUCCUAUGAAUAUUCUGCUUGGGGAGCCUACGGCCAGUCGAAGCUUGCAAAUGUCCUCUUUGCGUACGAGCUGGACCGGCGCUGCCGUGAGCGUGGCUUGCCAGUGGUGGCCAAUGCAGUCCACCCCGGCGUUGUGAACACCGAGCUGGCGCGCUACAUGGGCACCGGCCAGGGCCAGACCUUGGCCUCGUCUUUGGCCUCGCCUGUGCGGGACCUGGCGAAGGACUUCUUCUCUUAUGUGCUCAAGUCGCCAGAAGAAGGCGCCAAGACCUCCCUGGUGCUGGCCACACAGUCAGAAGGCAAACUCUCGGGCCGCUACUGGCAGGACGGCCGCCCGACUGCUUCCGUAGACUUCGAUCCUGCUGGUGAUCUCCCAGGACCGGCACGGCAGCUUUUGCCCUUUCGGCCCAAACUCACUUCCUACGACCCCAAAAUCUGGGCAGAGCUUUGGGCUGAAAGCGAGCUCCUCGUAGGGCUUCGGCCGGAAGACGUGAGUUGCUUCAAGGCCGACUGA